AUGUCGACCUCGAACUUUGUCAACAUCUCAUCACCGGAGCAGUUCAAGGAGGAGCUCUCCAAGGAUCUCAACCGUGUCUCCCUCCUGAAUUUCUGGGCGCCCUGGGCCGAGCCGUGUGCCGCCUUCAACAAGGCGGUCGAGGAGGCUGCCGCCAAGUAUCCCAGUGUUCUCUUCCUCAAUGCGGAGGAGCAGGCCGACAUUGCUGAGUCAUUCGACAUUGAGGCCGUCCCUAGCUUCGUUCUUCUUCGCGGACACACUCUUCUCGGCCGUCACUCUGGAGCCGACACGGGCGUCCUGAACGCUCUCCUCUCGCAGAACGCUACUUCCUCCUCCGCCCCUUCCUCCAACGUCUCCGCUGCCGCCUCCACCCCCGCUGAGCCGUCUCGCCCGCGCACCGAGGAGGAGAUCACCGAGCGUUGCAAGGAGCUGAUGAACAAGCACAAGGUCGUGCUGUUCAUGAAGGGCAACCCGUCGGCGCCCAAGUGUGGCUUCUCGCGCCAGACUGUCGGUCUCCUGCGCGAGAAGGGAGUUGAGUUUGCUUGGUUUGACAUUCUCAGCGACGAGGAGGUCCGCCAGGGACUGAAGCGGGUCAACGACUGGCCGACGUUCCCGCAGAUCAUCCUGAAUGGAGAGCUUGUGGGCGGCCUCGACAUCCUCAAGGAGAUGAUCGAGAGCGGAGAGUGGGACGAGGUCUAUAACGCCUGA